GUUGCGACCCUAUCUGAAGUUGUUUGAGUGGGGCGUAAGCCAGACGAUCUUAAACGCCACAGACAAAUGUUCUCAUUUUAUUUUAGCGAUCGUAGACAUGGCGUGUUUCUUUGACUUGAUUUUGGUGCGCAUGCGAAAAGGGCGUCAAAAAUUUAUCUCUCGUAUAUUGGACAAUCAGCCGAGAGCGUGUUUUUCACGUAAUAGAAGCAAUAGUGGAUAAUGAAGAUUGAUCGCGUGAUCCAAACCGGUCUCCACUGGCCAUAGAGACUGCGAUUCCGUCUCAAGAAGCUCCUGCGAAAGAAGGGAAACUACAUAUGACCGUCUCCAAUGUGAUUUUCUCUAGAACUUAACUAUUUUUGGAAUCAGAUUCCCUUGAAUGCAUUGGAGCUGAAGGAACUUCCCACAGAGCAGACCGGCUUGUUUCGUCUGUUUAAAGUUUCCUUGUUGCGAUUCAAUUUUGCCCCUGUUUAAUUUUCAGUUUCCUUGUUUGUUUUUGGGUCAUUUUGAACCUGAAUAACAUAUUCAGUCGCACACUGAAAGGAAACGCACUCGCCCUACUUACUAAUAAACGUGAACCUUAUACAAGACAACCCGUCUCUAACGUUAUAUACAGGUUAUAAUUUUACACAAGAUAGCCGCAAAGAUCUCAAUAGCUCGAUUCUGACGUACCAUCGAAUAAUAGAGGCCUUCAAGUUUGCUUAUGCGUACAGAGCACUCCUAGGAGAUGAAGACUACUGGGACGUGAGAGAGGUAAGAGGGUAAUAUAGGCUGCCUUCAUAAGGCAACGGAGGAUUUUUUGACCGGUUGAAAAUUUGUGCGUUUAGAUGUUCAGUUUAGACAAGGAACACGAAAAUUUUGUCGCCUAGCCGUCCAAAGUUUCAAUGAACUACUUCAAUGUCAAUAAUUCAACUUUAUUAAACAAAAAUUUAAACGGCUUUAUUUAGUCGAAACCCAUGUUUCUUAUAGCCCAUGUGACUUGUCAAUGUUUUCAACUGGUCGAAAAUUCGUCUAAUGCCGUAUAAACAUAACCAUAGACUUCUUCGCAAAAGUGCUGCAACGGUUAAUUUUUGUCACUCAGUACGGUUUUGGAGCGUCAUGCAUUAGGGAAAGUAAAGAAAGCUCCUGUUGAAGUGCAUUAUCUGCGCUAAAGAGCUGGUUAAGUAACGUACGGAGUAUAUCAUCGAGCAGAUCUGGCGAAAAAAGGAUAUAAGAGAGAAGUAAAUUUGAAGCUUACAAAAGCGUCCAUGCAGCUCAGUCAACUUGUUGCAAUUAACGAACUCUGGACAAGAUUAAUUUAUCUCUUUUAUACAAAUGAGACGAAAAUUUCAAAGCUGUAUCCUUCACGAGUAAAACGCCACAUAGACAGUGCAUUUUAUGACAGCAAUUAGAAACAAAAUGCGUAAUGAAGUGUAAUUAUAAGAAUACCAAUUUAUGCACUGAAGCACACGUACCAACUCCGCUAUGGCUGCCGCUACCGGAGUGAUAUGGUUGUGCGCAUGCGCAAGGUACUGGCCAUACCGCGGAGCCGCGGAGUUAACCGCGGAGUUGGUACGUGUGCCGGUUCAGUGAAUAAUUUGGUAUUGUAAUUAUAAGAAUGGUAGUGUGCCAGUUUGAACGUGGCUAUGUCACGCUAUUUUCUUUCUUUUUUUAAACGCUAAAACGUACGUGUCCUUUCAUCAAUUAAAUUCCAAAAAUAAGGGUCUAGUUUUGUUAUACUUAAAAUGAUUAUGGUUAGUGCUCCCUCAUGAAAUUGUUUGAUAGCCGGUCUUCAUUACUCUACAUACAAAAGCAUUUCUGUAUUGCCAGAGAAGGCACUAAGUAAUGACAAGUCAGGAUCAGUCAGGAAAGAAUUGAUCUAGAACAGCAAUACCCUCGUGACUUAGCCACUUUACCAUAAAUUCCUCCUGCAUGCCCACCUGCAGGGAACUUUUGCUGGCAUCAAUCCUUACGAUGUGAUCUACCUCUUUCUUUUACCAGGUCGUGAAAAAUAUGACCAGUGGUGAGUAUGGAGAUUAUCUUCGCCACAAGAUUUAUGAUAACCGGACCUUUCAGGACUACAGAUAUUACGGAGAUUUUUACUCCAGUACAAAUGUUGGAGGUACUUCACAUCUUUCCAUCAUUUCGCCUGACGGGGAUGCUGUUGCUGCUACCAAUACCAUAAACCUUUAGUACGUAGGUUUGUUAUUCUUACAAAAUAUCCAGAUAGCAAACUGAGAACUCCCCUUAAAAGCAGCGUUGCGUGACGACACUAAAAACGGCUGUGUGGCAGACUACUUAAAAGGAGCUGUGUCAAGAAAUGUAUUAAAAUUCAAACGGUAUGUGGGAACUGGGAACUGCCACCAAAUUCAGUGAAACAUUACAACAAAAUAACCCUCGAACCAUGAAAGAAAGGUAUUUUUAAUAGUGUAAAUACACAGGGAGACACGGAUAGGCAAACUUGAAGGACUGAUUGCAAUUGCGACUUUUAUAAAAACUUGUUAGCCUAAGGUUUUGUCAAAGUUCAUUUUUUGCUGUUCUGAUUUAUAACCCCUGACGUUCGAUAUGGUUUGAUAUAAUGCUUCGGAGACAUAUUUGUAUUACUCGAAGCCGUGAUUUUGUCUUUCACAAGUAAUUUCUUAAGUUCCCUACCCCCUUUCCCCGAGUUUCAGCUUAUCAGUCUAUGUGUAAGAGGUUUUUCUUGACGGCAGCACGACGACCACACAUAAGUGCCUGUGAUAUAGUGGUUGUGGAUCGAAAGUCGAUAGCUUUACAGGACCUACAGGCAGAUUUUUGACGGUUUCGUAACGGAUAGAGAACAAACUCCUGGUGCAUGGUACUGUUGUCAUACUGUACAAGGACAUUCUGCUUUGCUGGUUUUCGAAUCUUUUCAAGCUGUUGAACAUCAAAUGUUUUCGUUUGGCUGAUCAUGUGAACGAUCAUGCUCUACAAGUCAAGGAUGCGAUUGAAGGAUUUCUAGUCUGAACUGGCGAAAAGCUGGUGUCCCUUGUUUUGCAAUGUGUGAAAGCUGCUUGGAAGUCCUUUUCUGCUAUGGCGCUCAUUGUUUACUACUUGGUACCACAUAUGCCGUCUAAGACAGCAAUUAGAAACUAAAUAUGUAGUGGCGUGUACGUAAUUAUAACAAGGACACUGUGCACAAUCAAUACUAAUAAUGAAGAUGAUAAUGAUGAUGAUGAUGAUGAUGAUGAUGAUGACGAUUAUAAUGAUGAUGAUGAUAAUGAUUGUGAUAAAAACAGUUCUGGCAAUGUCAGAUACUUUUCCUCUCAUGGACUCACCCCUCCAAUUCUCCCCCCAGACCACCCCACCUAGUGAGGUGGCGCCCCUACUAUAUUGUACAUAUAAUGUGACCGAAAUAACUGAGUAUUUGUUUUAAUUUUGUGUAACUAGUUACUUACUAAUUUUUUAUUUCAUUUUGCCUAUCCGGCAGCUAUGGUUGUAAGUAUCGUUCGACUCGCACUGGUAUUAUCUACAACAACGAGAUGGAUGACUUCUCUACCCCUGGUAAAAAGAACAAUUUUGGCGUCGAGCCAUCGGAGAGCAACUUUAUUAAAGCCGGGAAACGUCCAAUGUCUUCAAUGACCCCUUCAAUAUUUGUGGAUAGCAGCGGCGUUCCUCGUUUGGCGGUUGGAGCAUCAGGUGGCACACGAAUCACCACUGCUAUCUCAUUGGUGAGAUUUCUAGUGACUAUUUUCUUGACACCCCACGAACGCGGAGUUUAUCUAUAAAAAAUGUCUUAUAAGUAUUGUUUCUAAUCAACGGCCUAUUGUUUAAUGUCCGACUAUAGUACUUCGAUUGUGACGUCCUCAUACAUCCAAAUAGGGACCUUAAGAUCCGACGACGGCGCCGGCAACGGGACCGCCACAAAAGCAAUAGCUUUAAUUAGCAAAACAACUAUUUUGCACGUGCAUCACGCUUUUUUGUACAUUUCUUUGCAGUCACUGCACAACUACGACGUGAAAAUGCCUAAUUUCCCGAUGCACAGAGGAAGCACACAAGCGACGACGAAAUUUCCUCUCUCUUUCUGAACUUGAAUAUAGUUCUUAGGAAUUCAACUUUAGGAGGGUUCGCCUACAUUUGCCAAAGUUAGUGACUUGGAAUAAUCGCUAUGAAGAUUGAAAGAACGCGAAUUCACUUUUUCAGCGACGUUUUCUCCGCCGUUGCCGUCCUCGAAUCGUAAGGUCCCUAAUAUCUUGUUUAGGACAGAGAGGACGAAAACUAUACUCUGUACAGCGGCACAUCCCCGUAUAGGUCAUAUAAGGGAGUUCCCCCUCGGGGGUAUGAAGUAUCCCUUCGCUCCUUUGUUCUCUGUAGCCUUGAGUUCAACGUCUCGGUGAUGCAUGUAAUCUCCUUUCGGAGAUCUUCUUCUGGUGGGGCACAAAAAAACCCCGACACAUCAAGUCGUUUAACAGUAGCUGAAAUUACACAUGUGAACAAGUAAAUUGUUUCUCCCUUGAACUGAAGAUUCAAUGAUUUCAUUUGAUGAUUUUGCCAUUUCUUUCCACCCGUUCAGGUUGUAAUGAAUUAUUUCUGGUUCGGCCGAAAUCUAUCGGAAGCUGUCUUGGACCCCAGGGUUCAUCAUCAGUUACUUCCGGACUACAUUCGCAUUGAUAGAUUCUACCCAAUAUCCAAAGACCUCCAAGCGGGACUGCGAAGGCUUGGGCACGACGACAUUCGGGCAAAAACCAUCACCGCAGUUGUACAGGCCGCGGCUAUAGCUCCUGAUGGAAAAAUAUAUGGCAAGGCGGAUCCCAGAAAGAAAUCCUUUGCAGCAGGCUUUUAG